AUGAGAAUACGCCCCGUCCUGCCUGAGCAGAAGAUCCGCUUCACCUUCGCGGCCGGCGCCCGAUUGCAUUUACACCACUUCACCCUGCCCUUCCGAAAGGCGCCUUUCCCGCGGUGGCUAGGGGUCAACUUUCCAACCCGCGAGAUUGAUCCGUCUGAGGCUGAAUCAAAACCAUUAGAGGCCCUGUUAACAGAAGGGGUGAAACAAGAGGGGCUCGCUUCCGUGCUGGGUCAGAGCAAAGUCAGUACCGCUACAGGGCCCCCAGAGGGAUCCCCCGGAAAACUGCCGGAGGGAUCCCCCGGGAGCCCCCACGCUUUCGACGUUUCCACCCGCCCGCGCUUCUCGGCGCGGCCCGAGGAGUGGGGCUUCCGCCCGACGACCGGAACCAAUGCGUCUUUUCCGGCGGAACGCCCCGAAGUCGUGCAGGAGAAUGGUGACGUCAUCCCGAGGAGCCACGUGCUGUACGAAAACGGGCAGCUGUAUGAUAAUGUGUUGCCACUCCGAGAGUCCACGUCAGCGCUUAUUGGGAGCGUGCGGCGGCCUAUGACCGGGGCGACGGCUGUCGAAACUCCACCAAAGAGAACCAACACUGGGGCCGAUUUGCCUACAGCUGACGAGAGGGGAACGCUUAUUGAAAUUUUCUGGCGGCCUAUGACUGGGGCGUCGACUAAGGGAACGCCACCAAAAAGAAAAGCGACGGCCGCCGGUUCACCUAUAGAUAAGGAGAAACGAAUACUCGGAGAGCCGAGAACCGGGCGAAGCGCUGGAGCGUCGCCUUUCGACGUCGAAAAAGGGAGGCGGAUCGUGAAGCUGUUGCGCUUCGACAGUAAGGAAGAGGCGCAGAGGCGGGCGGUUCUGCUUUAUGCGCUCACGUACAAUCUCAAGGAAGGGUGCGGCGUGCGGCUCGUUUCCGCCGCUCCGCCCAAUAAGCAGACGGCGCCUUUCCAUGACCCGAGCCCCGCCUAUGCUGCCCACUCGCCCAUCCCCACCGCCGCCAAAUCCUCCGCCGAAAGUGAAGGCUUUUUCGACGAAGCCUCGCCCUGGAAACCGUACGGAACGGAAGCGGACGGAACGGAGCUGAACAGAGCGGAAGCGGGCGGAACGGAACACCGGACGGUCGAGGAAGUUGCGGACACGCUACUGAGCAUGUCCGUGGAUACCCUGCGCGCGCGCGAGUGGGCCGCGGUCUAUGGGCUGGUCCGCAAAGACUUGUGGGUCCACGGGAAAGGACUGAAUUGGCUGGACUUGGCAAUGGGGCGCAUCGAAGAGUUGUUACAAGAACCGGGGCGCAGCGGCAAACCGGAUCCCGACACCCGAAGGCUGAGACUAUUCGGACAGCAGACCCUGACUGACGCGCCAGCGAUCACAAGGGACACGAUUGCGGACGAAAACGCACAGCGCGCGAACGCGUUACGGACGCUGAAGACGCGGUGGGAGAGGGAACGGCUCUGGCGUGCGGAAGUGCGCGCCGUGACCUCCGCCUCCCUGCGCGCGAGCGCGCACGCGCUCACGGGCCUCUUACGCACCACUCAAACGGGCCUCUUCGCGCGCCCCAUUGUGAGCGCGGAAACGGAAGCCCAGCUGCUCGCGCGCGCCGCGCGCGCUUGGGCGGAGGAGGAAGAGCGCAAGAGGAUGAGGGCCGAGGAGAGCCGCCUGGAGGCGACGCGGCUGAGAGGGGAGAUGAGGGAGCGGGUCGCCCGGCACGCGCAGGCGAUCGCCAAAGUCGCUGCCAAGGAGCGCGUGCACUUGCGCGCGGAGGCCGCCACGUGUCGGCAGAUCAGCGAGGCGGAGGAGCGCGCGGCCCGGAAGCGCAGGUCCGCGCGCGCGCAGCUCGCGCAGCGGAAGACGGCCGAGCGCGCGUUCGCGAUCGCGUUGGGUGGGGAGUUCCGAAAGAUGGGCAAUCACCUGGCGGCGGCUGACCUGAAAGCGGCCAGGUACCGUGUCGUCGUUUUAAGAGCACAAGACCCCGUUGAUAGGAAUGACCGGGUUGCGAACCUGGUUUCAGACGGGAUGAUCCGAAUCGGGGAUGCGAGCUGCAAAUAG